CAGAGGCCCGAGUGCCUUGCGUAGGCUUGUGCCCUGCACGGUUAUAACCCGGGUGGUGCUGUGUGGGGCGCCUGGGGGGCUCCAGCGUCGCGCCGAGGCCCAGCGCGGCCGCUGCAGCGAGAAGCCCCGGGUCCCCGCUGGAGCGACGCCGGACGGGGCCUGUCUGCCGCCGCAGGAGGAGCAAGCGGGCCGGGCGCCACCGCUUCUCCGCUUCGCGCGGGCGUUCCCGGCGGCCGCAGCUCCUCCCGGGACCGGCGCGCUUGAACUCCGGGCGUUGGCCCAGCACCUGGUGCCUGUCGCCCUGCCAGUCCGUCCCGGGGCGCAGCGGCCCGGCGCGCGAUGCUGGCGCUGUGGCUGGCGGGCUUGGGGCCGAACCUGCUGUUGUGGGGCGCGCUGGGCGCCGUCUCGGUGGCGGGCGCCGCUCUGCUCCUGAACCUCCUGCCGAUGCUGGCGAGCUACGCGCGGCAGUGGCAGCAGACGAAGGACCUGCCCACGUUGCCCGGCUGCUACCCCUUGGUGGGACACGCGCUGAUGAUGAACCCAGGAGGGAAAGAAUUUUUUCAGCAGCUAAUUUGUUACACGGAAGAAUAUCGGCAUCUUCCACUGCUAAAACUCUGGCUUGGGCCAGUACCACUUUUGGCCAUUUAUAAUGCGGAAAACGUGGAGGUAAUUUUAACGAGUUCAAGGCAAAUUGACAAAUCCUAUAUGUACAAGUUCCUCGAACCAUGGCUUGGCCUAGGACUCCUUACCAGUACUGGAAACAAAUGGCGAUCUAGGAGAAAAUUGUUAACGCCCACUUUCCAUUUUACAAUUCUGGAAGAUUUCUUAGAUGUCAUGAAUGAACAAGCAAAUAUAUUGGUUAAUAAGCUUGAAAAACAUGUUAACCAAGAAGCAUUUAACUGCUUUUUUUACAUCACUCUUUGUGCCUUAGAUAUAAUUUGUGAAACGGCGAUGGGGAAGAACAUUGGUGCUCAAAGUAAUGGUGAUUCUGAGUACGUGCAGGCAGUUUACAGGAUGAGUGAUUUGGUACAUCGAAGAAUGAAGAUGCCUUGGCUCUGGCUUGACUUUUUGUUUCUUAUGCAUAAAGCAGGAUGGGAACACAGAAGGAACCUAAAAAUCCUACAUAAUUUUACCAAUACUGUCAUCUCUGAACGGGCCAAGGAGCUGAAGAGAAAUGAAGAACACAGAAGUGGUGAUGAGGACUCCUCCCCCUCCAAAAAUAAACGCAAGGCUUUCCUUGACUUGCUUUUAAAUGUGACUGAUGAUGAAGGGAACAAGCUAAGUCAUGAAGAGAUUCGAGAAGAAGUUGACACUUUCAUGUUUGAGGGCCAUGAUACGACUGCAGCAGCAAUAAACUGGUCCUUGUAUCUAUUGGGCUCUUACCCAGAAGUCCAGAAACAAGUGGACAGUGAACUGGAGGAAGUGUUUGGAAAGUCUGAUCGUCCUGCUACUGUAGAAGACCUGAAGAAACUUAGAUAUCUGGAAUGUGUCAUUAAGGAGAGCCUUCGCCUUUUUCCUUCUGUUCCUUUAUUUGCCCGUAAUCUUACUGAAAAUUGUGAAGUUGCGGGUUACAAAAUUGUGAAAGGCACUCAAGCAAUCAUCGUUCCCUAUGCACUGCAUAGAGAUCCAAGGUACUUCCCAAAUCCUGAGGAAUUCCAGCCAGAACGGUUCUUUCCCGAGAAUUUGCAAGGACGCCACCCAUACGCAUAUGUGCCCUUCUCCGCUGGACCCAGAAACUGUAUAGGUCAAAGAUUUGCCAUAAUGGAAGAAAAGGUCAUUCUUUCCUGCAUCCUGAGGCAUUUUUGGGUGGAAUCCAACCAGAAAAGAGAAGAACUUGGUCUGGCAGGAGAGCUGAUUCUUCGUCCAACCAAUGGCAUCUGGAUCAAGCUGACAAGAAGAAAUGCAGAUGAAUCCUCACCAUAGUACUAGGCUGGACCCUUGUCAUGUGAAAGGUCUUUCUUGAAGGAACUGGAUUUACAAUUUCUAGAUCUGGCCUCAAUACUCUUAGUCCCUAGACCUAUUUUUUUUUCUGGUCCCUGCUUCCGUUGGGAUCAAGUUCACCAAAGAGUUUUUAUAUUUUAAUCACCACCAUAGAUCUUAACCCUAGUCUUGAUGCCCAAAGUAGGGUUAACUACUAAAUAAACAGAUGACAAGUUUCUCAGCAGAAGGAUCCAUAGGCCAAUUCAAUUCAAUUGGCACAACCAAAGGAUAUAAUUUAAUUGAGAUUCCGGAACUUUUUAAAGGUAUUCUUAUUGACUGGGAAACAUGUAUAUACAUGUAUACAUAUGCACUUAAUUUGAAAAGGGUAAUUAAGUACUUAGACCUAAGAGGCUUAAGUAUAUUACCUAGAAUUGAUAAUUUGUAAGUUGACUCAUAAGUUCUGUUCUUGUUUCCCUUUUACCAGGUGCCAAUAGCCAUUAUUUCAUUAUUCAUAGCAUCACAACUAGGCUUAUGUAUCCUAUACAGGUGGGAAAGAUUCCUCUUGGUAAUACCCAAUCCUCCACAGUGCCUCACAGGUUUGAGAAAUGGCUGUUGGAACAGGAAGGACCUUAGAACUUUUUUGUUCCCUUUUUGUAAAGGGUUUGAAAUCAAUGAGAAUGUAAGUUUCUGCCCGGAGUCACACCACUAGUGGGUGCCAGGGCUGGAAAUAGAGGUCUGCACAUCUCUCCAUUGCCAGCAUGAUGGACUUCACUGUGUCAUGCUCUUACUUUAUGGACCUCAGGUCUGUAACUAGAUGCAUCCUUAGAACACAGAUUUUUCUGCCUCUAAUUUUGGGAUAUUCCUUCUAGAACUCUUCCAUCAUUAAAAGAAAAGAGAAGCCACCCAUCUAUAUUUAGUAACUCAGGAAUAUCUCACUUAGUUUAGGAUUAGACUUCCAGCAAAUUCAAUCCUCCAGAACAUACCUAUCAAGCUGAUAACUGACACACGUUCUCUGAGUUUUAAUUCCAUAGGCAAUAUCUCUAUCCCCUCAUUCAGUGACUUUAAAAACUGACUUUUAAUAAGCAUAAUAUGAUUGUUUCUUCAGUUUUCCCAAGGCAUAGCAGAUAGAAGAAACAAAGUAAGAGGAUAGAGUUUAUUCUUUAAUGGCUAUCAAAGGGAGAGAUUAUAAACCAAAGCCAUUUGUGAGCACUUCAGGUGAGUCAUUUAGGACAGGGUCAGCAGCUCUACCCACUUUAUUAUCCCAGGGAACCCAGUUCAGACAACCCAGUUGCUAAGCUGAUGACAGAAAGUCAAGGAAAUAUAUGAUACAGUUGAAAAAGAUUCAUAGCAUAUGCUUAGCUUUGUUAUCUAGAAAGUGGGUGUAUGUAGAAAAUCUUAUUUCCAGAGAACUAUGGAUAAUCAAAGUUUUAUUCAUGGAAAUUAGUAUUAUUUCUCAAUUUUAUAUAUUUAGAUUGAAAAGGUGCCUUUCUCUCUCUCUCUGUCUGUCUAUUCUUCCUUCCUUCCUUCCUCCCUCCCCCUCCCUCUCUUUCAGUGGUCCUGCCCUAGAUGUGAAAUUAACUUUAAAGUAAAAUACUCCUUAAUGUAUUUUUGGCCUAAGAUCUUCAUGUAGCCCCAGAAUAAUUUGUUAUUUGUGUUUUAAUUGAGAAUUGGAAAUUCUCUUAACCAUGUUACAGGUGGAAUGGUCUGUGGUAUCAAAAUGCAGAUGCUGAUUUUUUUUUUUUUAAUAAGAGGAUGAUCAAGUAUCUGUGAGGCUAUUACUUGUCUAACUACGGCUUGAAAGAGAUAUCUCAAGAAAAAUAAAUUACAUUUUAAUGA